ACUGGUAGAAGACUCAAUUUUGUACAAAACAAACACCGCGCCGGAAGUCGGAGUCUGCAAGACUCCCAUCCGCAGCCAUGGCCAAUGAGAAGAAGGACCCCGGAGGGGUUGGCCUCCAAAUCGAGUCCCCAUCGCCAGUUCCAUCGAACUCUGUUUUUAGCAUGGCCCUCAAUACGAUCAACCUACCCGUUCCGCUUACGAUGGAGGAGAAAAAGUACCUUCUGGCGGUGGAACGCGGUGAUAUGGCAACGGUAAAGCGGACACUUCAGCGAGCCCAUCGGAAGCAUCACAUCAACGUGAACUGUGUGGACUCGUUUGGCCGUGGUGCUCUAACGUUGGCCAUCGAUGGUGAGAAUCUAGAAAUGGUUGAGCUGCUUGUCAUCAUGCAGGUGGACACCAAAGACGCUCUACUGCUGGCUAUCAACGCGGAGUUUGUAGAGGCGGUCGAACUGCUGUUGGAGCAUGAAGAACUGAUCCACAAGGAAGGGGAGCCAUACAGCUGGCAGAAAGUCGACAUCAGCACGGCCGUGUUCAUGCCGGACGUUACUCCACUAAUGCUGGCUGCCCACAAAAAUAAUUACGAAAUACUUAAAAUUUUGCUGGACCGUGGUGCAACGCUGCCAAUGCCUCACGAUGUUAGAUGCGGUUGCGACGAUUGCAUCAAACGUUCGACGGAGGACUCGCUGCGUCACUCGUUGGCACGCGUCAACGAGUACCGAGCGUUGGCUAGUCCUUCGCUGAUUGCGCUCAGCUCGCAGGAUCCCCUGCUGACCGCCUUCCAACUCUCGUGGGAACUGCGUAAUCUUGCCUUUGCCGAGCAGGAGUGCAAAACGGAAUACCUAGAGCUGAGGCGUCAAUGUCAGAAAUUUGCUGUCGAUCUGCUAGAUCAAUCCAGAAGCUCGCAGGAGUUGGCUAUCAUACUGAACUACGAUCCGGAAUCGCCACCCUACAUGGACGGGGACCAUAUGAAGCUUACCCGGCUGGAGCUGGCGAUCGAUUACAAGCAGAAGAAGUUCGUGGCCCAUCCGAACAUUCAGCAGCUGCUCGCUGCCAUGUGGUACGAGGGUGUUCCCGGUUUCCGACGAAAGUCGGCAAUGCAGAAGAUUGGCAUUAUAGCCAAAGUUGCCUUACUGUUUCCGAUCUACUGUAUGAUAUACAUGAUCGCACCGAACUGCGAGACGUCCAAAUUCGUUCGGAAGCCGUUCAUGAAGUUCUUGAUUCACGCAUCGUCCUAUCUGUUCUUCCUAUUUCUACUGAUCUUGGUUUCACAACGCGCCGAAGUACAUGUAGUGCUUCUAUUCGGAACGGACAGCAUGAAACGAGCGCUACAGGAAGAGUUGGCCCGUCAGCGAGGCAACGGUCCAACCUAUCUGGAAUGCCUCGUCGUGAUCUAUGUGCUCGGUUUCAUCUGGGAAGAGAUGCAGGAAAUCAUCAACGAAGGUCUGCGCAGUUACCUGCGCAACCUGUGGAACUUCAUCGAUUUCUCGCGUAACUUUCUGUACUGCUGCGUGGCACUGCUGCGGUUGAUUGCCUACGUGCAGCAAACGUCCGAAAUCCGCAAGGAUCCGAGUACGGCUUACAUCGCCCGGGAACACUGGGAUGACUUCGAUCCGCAGCUGAUCGCCGAAGGUCUGUUCGCUGGCGCGAACAUCUUCUCGGCUAUCAAGCUGGUCCAUCUGUUUUCGAUCAAUCCACAUCUCGGGCCGCUGCAGAUCUCACUCGGCCGCAUGGUGAUCGAUAUCGUUAAGUUCUUCUUCAUCUACUCGCUGGUGCUGUUUGCGUUCGCUUGCGGUCUUAACCAACUGCUGUGGUACUUUGCCGAUCUGGAGAGAGCCAAAUGCUACAGCCUGAAGGGAGGCCUACCGGACUGGGACAACCAGGGCGAUGCCUGCAUGAAGUGGAGACGAUUCGGAAACCUGUUCGAAUCGUCACAAUCGCUGUUCUGGGCCAGCUUCGGUAUGGUCGGACUGGAGAGCUUCGAACUGACCGGCAUCAAGUCGUACACCCGCUUCUGGGGUCUGCUGAUGUUCGGUUCGUACAGUGUGAUCAACGUGAUCGUGCUGCUGAAUUUGCUGAUCGCCAUGAUGUCCAACUCGUACGCCAUGAUCGACGAACACUCGGACACGGAGUGGAAGUUCGCCCGCACCCGGCUGUGGAUGAGCUACUUCGAGGAAAGUUCGACCCUGCCGCCGCCGUUCAACAUCUUUCCGACGAUGAAACAUUUGAUGCGGCUGUGCGGCAAGAAAAAGAAGAGGGACAUCGAGCGGGAGUCGACGAUUCGUCGCAAGGAGGACAAGGAAAGAGCGGAACGUUACACCAAUGUGAUGCGUGCCUUGGUUUGGCGGUACGUAGCAGCGAAGCACCGCAAAAUGGAGGAGGAAGCCGUCACCGAGGAUGACAUCAACGAGGUUAAGGGAGAUAUUUCCGCUCUACGGUACGAGUUGUUGGAGAUAUUCGAAAAGAAUGGAAUGGACGUGUCGGCAGCCGAUCGUAAAGAGAAAGCUGUCCUGGCGAAGCGGAUGAAGGUUUGGGAACGUCGCCUGAUGAAAGACUUCCAUGUGGCUCCGGUUGAAUUACAGGCCGAUAUACUGGAAGAAGAUGAAGCUGCUGAAGAAGCGGAAGAGGUGGAUGCCAAUCCGUUGGCAAGGUUCCGUCGCAUCGCCCUGAAGGUGGCUAGUCAAACGAAUGCGGCAAAGUGGGGACAAAUUAUGUCCGGUGUGGGCUUCGAAACCAACUCCCAAAUUGGUAAAUGCAAAACACGCGAUAGCUAUCGCCAACAGCAACAUCUGCAGAAAGCAAUGGUGGAGGCUCAGCGAUUGGUACAGCGAAGUCCAAUGAUUCGCUCGAGAAGUGCUUCUCCGGAAGCGUACGAAGAUGAAACUACUAACACUUUGCUUGAGCUGAUCAAUCAGUUCACUGAGGAGCAGGAAGAAAUAAAGAAGAAAGAGAAGAAAAAUACUCUGCAUGCGCAGAGUGCCAACCACCGGUCAACCACUCCGCUGGAAUACUUAACCGCUCAGUUACAGGUUGCCUUGAACAAAUCUCCACGAGCUGAAAACAAAGCAAGAUCGGCUUCAUGCUCCACCAACCGUUCUCGGUCUCCCGAUCCGACCAAUUCUACACUCAAGGUCCAUUCGCCACCGACUGUCAUGUCCCCACCACCGGAUAGAAUCCACUCCCCAGUGCAGUCCCCUCCACCUACCAUCCACGUAACUGGCACUGGAACUCAGCGAAUGAAGAAAUCAAAAUCUAAGGACAGUAUUGCCGACCGUUCACAGACCAGCAGCCCAACCGGCCAAUUACCAAAAUCGACUGAAACUAAAUCCCCACCCCAAGUGGUCAAGCGAAAGGCACCGUCUCCAGGGGCGCCGUCAUCGGAGGUCCAACCAGCUAGCGCAGACAUCGCAGUGUCACGUCCGGUAGCUAGCAAACCACAACCCGGCCAAGGAAUGCUACCCCCUCCACCUUCAUCAACAGCACCAAACCCCAUCGUAAUCCCAACCCUUUCCACCACUCCAGCAACUCCACUCCCUGCCCACAAGAAAGUGGAAACAAGUCCCACUUCCAAAACCUCCCCACCGACCCCGGUUCCGCCACGAGCCGUCAAAGCUCAGUCUCCUCCACCCCCUCAGCCACCUAAGCCACCACCACUGCAGGCGGCAGCAAAACCAAGCGUAAAACAAUCCUCUCCACCGCCGCCACCACCAUCUUCUUCGGCGGUCGUUAACACGAGCACCGAACAGCUGAUCACCAGCGGAAGCGGUGAUCCUUCAAGCGAUACGGGCUCCUCGCCGCCGGCCAGCCUCCGUCCGGUUCAGAAGAUUGCGGACGUGAAAACCAUCAAACGACAGCCCAAGUCCGGUUGGUUGUAGGUUGCCUACCAGUUCCUGUGUCAGUGCCAUUUUUAUAGCGGGAAAUAAUUAUUGAACAUGGAGGAGUCAAAAGUGAGGAAAGGCUUUUUGCAAUUUAUU